AUGGGCAACGUGGUGACCGUGAGAGACGUGAGAGAGGUGGACGGCGAGGGAGACGUGCGGGGCGUGUGGAGCGUGGGGGACGCGAGCGGGGUGGACGGCGAGAGGGACAGGGGGGGCGCGGGAGACGGGGAGAGCGUGAGGGACGUGCAGGGGGUGCGAUACGUGAGGGGUGCGAGCGAAGGGGAGAGCGCGAGAGACGGGGAGGGCGCGGGACACGGGGAGGGCAAAGUGGUGAGCGUGAGAGACGUGGAACGCGUGAGGGAGAGGUUGGAGAGCGUGAGACGCGGCUUGAGCCUCAGAGACGGCUUGAACCUCAGAGACGCAGAGAGUGUGAAGCACGGCUUGAACCUCAGAGAUGCGGAGAACGUGAGGUACGGCUUGAGCCUCAGAAACGGGAUCGACUCCAGAGACGCAGAGAGCUUGAGGCACGGCUUGAACCUCAGAGAUGCGGAGAGCUUGAGGCACGGCUUGAACCUCAGAGAUGCGGAGAGCUUGAGGCACAGCUUGAGCCUCAGAGAUGCGGAGAGCGUGAGACGCGGCUUGAGCCUCAGAGACGGGAUCGACUCCAGAGACGCGGAGGGCGCGAGGCGCGAGUCGAUGGUUAAAAGCGCGGAGCGCGCGAGGCGCGGCUCGAACGUGCGAGACGCAAUCAACUUCAGGCGCGCGAGCAGCGCGAGACGCGCCUCCCAAGUGCGAGACGGGGCGAACAACUUAAGAGACGUGUUCAGCGUGAGAGACUUGAAGAGCGCGAGACGCGGCUCGAACGUGCGAGACGGGGUGAACAACGCAAGACACGGGGUGGACUUUAAAGAAGGGGUGGACGUUCGAGGCGGGGUGAACAACGGGGAGCUCGAUCGGCUCGAGCGAGUGAGCGACCUCCAGGCCGUGCUGAGCCUCCUGCUGCGCAUGGUCGUGUACGCGGUCUCUGUGCUGCUGCUCAGCAAGGAUGACGCGGCGAUAGGGGAGCCGCGGGGGGGCGGCUGUGGACCGGGGGAGGAGGGGGAGGGGGGCGAGGGGUCCCCCCCUUUAUCAACCUCCUCUUCCGCAUCAUCAUGGGUGAAAGGAGUGGAGAACGGGGGCGGCUCCUCCAUCGCGGAGGGGGCUGGCCCCUCCCCGCUGCAGGGACCCUCGGCGCGGCCCCCCGGCCCCAACGGGGGGCCGCUGCCGCAGGGCCCCGCGGCGGGGGCCGCCCCCCGCCAGGGCCCCGCGGCGGCCCCCGCGGCGGAGGGAGAAUCCCUCCAGUUCGAAGAGAUCAGCGCCGCCGCCUUCAUGAUCCAGAACGCGGUGCAGCGGACUCCGUGCAUGUACUCGCGCCUCUCCAAGUACUACGGAUCGGAGAUCUUCGUGAAGAAGGAGUUCCUCCAUGUCACUGGCAGCGCCAAGGAGCGUGGGGUGCGCUACUGCCUGCAGAUGAUGAGCAAGGAUCAGCGCGCGCGCGGGGUGGUCGCCGUGGGCGCGUGCAGCUCGGCGCACGCGCUCGCCGUGUCGCACCACGCGGCCGAGAUGCGCGUGCCCGCGCGCGUGCUCGUGGCGGCGCGCGCCCCCGAGGCGCUGCUGCGCGCGUGCCGGGACCUGGGCGCGAACGCGGCGAGGGUGCCGGUGGUGGGGGGCAGCAGCAGCAGCAGCGGCGGCGGCGGGGAGGGGGUGCGGGGGGCGAGGGCGCACGCACUGCAGGUGGCGCGCGAAGAAGGGAGCGCGCUGCUGGAGGAUGACGACCACCCCAACAUGAUCGCGGGGAUGGGGACCCUGGGGCUGGAGGUGAUGGAGCAGGUCCCGGGGGUCGAGGCGGUCGUCAUCCCGGCCGGGGGCAGGGGCAGCCUCCUGGCGGGGGCAGCAGCCGCCAUCAAGCACCUGGACCCGCACGUCGCCGUCGUCGGUGUUGAGCUGGCCAGCUGUCCCAGCUGGCAGCGCGCACUCACCAUGGGCCAGCCGACACCGAGCUGCAGUGGCGACGAGAACCGACUGUGCGAGGACCUCAGCUCACAGUCCGUGGGACCGAACGCCUUCGCGACGGGGCGUCACGUGAUCGACAAGGUGGUGUCGAUCACGGAGCAGGACCUGCUGCUCGCCAUGCUCAAGGUGCUGGAGUUCGAGGGCGCCGCCGUGAACGCGGACGGCGCCGCCGCGCUCGCUGCCAUCGUCUCGGGGAAGCUGCCCGAGCUGCGUGGCAAGCGCGUGGUGGUCGUCCUGGCGAGCGGCAGCACCGACGUCUCCCACUUCAAGCGCUGCGUGGACCGCGCGCUGGUGCUGGACGGGCGACUCUGCAAGUUCUCGGUGCGCGUGAGCGACUCUCCCGCGGAGCCGGGCAGACUGCUGGAGCUGCUGGGCAGGGAGGAGGCGAGGUUGGUGGACAUCAGUCUCGACCGCACCUUCCUCGCCACCGACUCGUUCAGCGUGCAGGUGACCUGCGUGGUGGAGACGCGGGACCACGUGCACGCGGCGCAGCUCAAGGGGGUCCUGGCGGAGAAGUACGCGGCACUCACCUGGCACGACAAAUAGGCUCGCAGCUGCGCAAGGCGGGGAGACUCGGACCCCCGUGACCCCCGUGAGCCGAGGCGAGGCGCUCUGGGUCCACCUGCACCGGAGCGGCCCGCGCUGUGGGCCCUGUAGCGCGCUGCGCCAGCAGCAGCAGCACCGGCAGCAGCAGGCACAGACCCCCCCCCCCAUGGUGGCUCUGUAGACUCGUGGGGGAAGUUUGCGAGCGCCUGUUAAGGCUCGGUGGUGUGGCCGAAAUUACGCCCCCCGCCCGCCCACCAUUAUCACCAUUAUCACCAUGACCAUUACCAAAGACAAAGAUCCCCUGUGUAGCCUUACCAGACUGUAGGGGCAAGUGCUGUUAGUGAGCACCUAUGAACACCGGCACGGCACACGAGGGUCUGGGUAACCAGCACCACGCCCGGCCGCCUUUGUCUCCCUCGUGGCGAUGUUUACACACCGCACCAGGUACUCAUUUGAGGCUCAGCCGACCAAGGGGAUGCCCAGGACCGGUUCAGAAUCGCCACUGAUGUUGACCGUGAGCGGGAAUUGAACUCGGGUCGCACAAGCGCAGUAAACCUCGACUCGGUAAACCUCGACUCGGUAAACCUCGACUCGGCACAUGCAUCAAUGGACCUACUUCAUAGCAGAUACAUCGCGAGCCCAAACCAUCAAACGAGCCCAACCCCUCGUGCUGUCAUCUUUGUGAAGAGCCAUUGCCCGAAACGUCGCUUCUUAUGUAUUUUCCUUGUCUUCAGGCCACAGAGAUGUUGACGUGUCCAGUUGUUUCUGCUGCGAGUGCUGAUUGUGUUGUCGCCGCUGCUGCUGCUGCUGCUAUUGGUGACAUCUCUCAUGUUACUACAGCCGCUACGACUACAGCUGCUGCUACUAAUCCCGCUCCUGCUGCUGCUAUUAUC